GAGCCGAGCCGAGCCGAGCCCGCGGUGCUCCCCCGUCCGCCCCGCCGGACCGUGUCCCCUUUCGUCCCGCCGGCGGCCGCGGCCCGCCCCGCGUUCCCCGCCGCAUCAGGAUGUCGGUGCCGGAGCCCGCCGGCGGCGAGGAGAAGCAGGCCAAGGAGAAGGAGGACGCCGAGAAAUAUUCCUUCAUGGCCACCGUCACCAAGGCCCCCAAGAAGCAAAUCCAAUUUGCAGAUGACAUGCAGGAGUUCACCAAGUUCCCGACCAAGACGGGCCGUCGGUCCCUGUCCCGCUCCAUCUCCCAGUCUUCCACCGACAGCUACAGCUCUGCUGCCUCGUACACAGACAGCUCUGAUGAUGAGGUGUCCCCCCGAGAGAAGCAGCAAACCAACUCCAAGGGCAGCAGCAAUUUCUGUGUGAAGAACAUCAAACAGGCAGAGUUCGGGCGCCGGGAGAUUGAGAUCGCCGAGCAAGACAUGUCUGCUCUGAUUUCGCUCAGGAAACGAGCCCAGGGGGAGAAGCCUUUGGCUGGAGCUAAAAUUGUGGGCUGUACCCACAUCACAGCACAGACUGCAGUGCUGAUCGAGACGCUGUGUGCCCUGGGGGCGCAGUGCCGCUGGUCUGCCUGCAACAUCUACUCCACCCAGAACGAGGUGGCCGCGGCCUUGGCAGAGGCUGGUGUGGCUGUGUUUGCCUGGAAAGGGGAGUCAGAGGAUGAUUUCUGGUGGUGCAUUGACCGCUGUGUUAACGUAGAUGGCUGGCAGGCCAACAUGAUCCUGGAUGAUGGUGGGGACCUGACCCAUUGGGUUUAUAAGAAAUACCCCAGCGUGUUCAAGAAGAUCCGAGGGAUUGUGGAGGAGAGCGUGACAGGCGUGCACAGGCUGUACCAGCUCUCCAAGGCUGGGAAGCUCUGUGUCCCAGCCAUGAAUGUGAAUGACUCUGUCACCAAGCAGAAGUUUGACAACCUGUAUUGCUGCCGGGAAUCCAUCCUGGAUGGCCUGAAGAGGACCACGGAUGUGAUGUUUGGAGGGAAGCAAGUGGUGGUUUGUGGUUAUGGGGAGGUUGGGAAGGGAUGCUGUGCUGCCCUGAAAGCCCUGGGAGCCAUCGUGUACGUCACCGAGAUCGACCCCAUCUGCGCUCUCCAGGCCUGCAUGGAUGGAUUUCGGGUGGUGAAGCUGAGCGAAGUAAUCCGUCAGGUGGAUGUUGUCAUCACCUGCACAGGGAACAAGAACGUGGUGACCAGGGAGCACCUGGACCGGAUGAAGAACAGCUGCAUCGUGUGCAACAUGGGCCACUCCAACACCGAGAUUGACGUGACCAGCCUGCGCAUGCCGGAGCUGACGUGGGAGCGCGUGCGCUCCCAGGUGGAUCACGUCAUCUGGCCCGACGGGAAGCGCGUGGUGCUGCUGGCCGAGGGCCGUCUGCUCAACCUCAGCUGCUCCACAGUUCCCACCUUCGUUCUCUCCAUCACAGCCACCACACAGGCUCUGGCUCUGAUUGAGCUCUACAACGCUCCCGAGGGCCGGUACAAGCAGGACGUUUACCUGCUGCCAAAGAAGAUGGAUGAGUAUGUGGCCAGUUUGCACCUGCCAUCCUUUGACGCCCACCUGACGGAGCUGACGGACGAUCAGGCCAAGUACCUGGGACUCAACAAAAACGGGCCUUUCAAACCCAACUACUACAGAUACUGACGGGACCAUUUCCAUGAAGGACCAGACCACACAAGGCAACAUUUGAGAGAUUAUUUUUUGAAAUAAUUUUUAUUUUGGUUUACCUUUUUUUUUUUUUUUUCACCACUACCUGAACCUGUUUUUACAUUUUAUCUGUGAUUUUAAGGUCAGGUUUUCUUUUCUCCCCCUUUUCCAUGAUCGCAUCCCUGUCUGACCUUGCCAGACAACCUGGGAUUUGCUUCUUGCUUUCAUGUGGCUGAAGCUGCUGAUUCCCAGCCCUGGCUCCAGGAGGGGCUUUCCUUUUCCUGCUGGGCCAAGGGCACUUCAUUCCUGCAGCAAUGGUUUCUUUUGGCUUUUAUUUUGUAUUUUUUCCCACCUUUCCAGCCCACGUCGGUCUCAGCCGGGCUCCCUGUGGAUCCGGAGAUGCUCUUCUACCUUAUCUUCUAUUUCUUUGUGUGGAUUAUCUGCAACUUCUAAAUUGCCUUAAAGAG